CAAAACACGAGUGACCUUCAGCGGUCAACGCAAGCGGCACGGCAGCUAUAUAAAAAGGGAGGCACUUCCAACACAGCCACAACCUUCUCAACCUCAACAUGAUGCGAAAGGUAGGCUUGAUGCUGGUGGCAGGCGUGGUCGCCCUGGUUUCUGGCGAUAUCAGUCACCAUGUAAAGAGUUCUCUGCACCACCCACUAGGUCACCAUGCAGCUCCUCUACAUCAUGUAGCCCCAGUACAUCAUGCUACCCCAGUGCACCAUGCUACCCCUGUGGUCCAUGCUGCUCCUGUACAUCACGGAAAAGGAUAUGCUCCUGCUUAUCCUGAUACGCCUCCACACUACGCCUUCGAGCACGCUGUCAACGACGACUACGCCGGCACCCACUUCGGCCACUCGGAGGCUCGCGACGGCUACAAGACGGAGGGCAAGUACUUCGUGCACCUCCCUGACGGCCGCGUCCAGACAGUCACUUAUUACGCCGACGAGACUGGCUACCACCCCACCGUUUCGUACGAGGGGACGGCCCACUACGACGCCCACGCAGCCGUCCCUCACCACGCCCCUGCUAAGGCUUACCACGCCCCUCAACCAGCAUAUCACGCUCCUGAGCCUGCAUACCACGCCCCUGAACCAGCAUAUCACGCCCCUGAGCCAGCAUAUCAUGCCCCAAUUGUACCCACCUAUCAUGCCUAAGUUAAAGACGUAUUUCUUGUGUACGAAAAGUUCAAUGAACAUUGUCAAUAUUUAAAAGACUUUUGUAUAAUAAAAUGAAACUGUGAA